CAGAUACUCUAUUAUAACACACGAUGGCAUUUAAGGUAACUGCACUCCUCGCUCUUGUGGCCGUUGCCCUCGCCCGUCCUCAGAACAUACCGGCCUAUGGUUAUGGCGUUACAACGCCCUCUUCAGGACCUGCCAAAUACGACUUCAAUUACGCCGUCAACGACCCACCAUCUGGCAACGACUUCGGUCAUCAGGAGGCCCGAGAUGGUCCCAACACUCAGGGUUCCUACUUUGUCCUACUUCCUGAUGGGCGUCUUCAGAGGGUCACCUACACUGUCAACGGGGAUUCUGGAUACGUGGCCGAGGUUACCUACGAGGGUGAAGCCCAGUACCCCUCAACGCAACGCCCUUAUACACCCGUCCCUCAAUAUGCUUAGAAAGAAUAAUUUGUUUAAUAAUGUCCAUAAUUUAUGUUUAUCUAAAUUAAUAAACUAGCAUAUCGA